AUGUUUUGCAGGGGGGCCGUGUGCGGACCACCUCUUGGAGUAGGCCGAAUGGUUUGGCCAGGGGCCUUGGCCGACCGCCUUGCACUUCUCGAGGGCUUGGAACAAAACUUGGCGUCCCCUGACUUAGCAGAAUGA